AUGAGCCUGGUCCAGAAGUUUACCCCACCUUCGCUAGAGGCCGUCCUGCCUUUUCCAGAGCUUCUUCUUCAGACUGCACAGGCACAUCUUGACCGCGAAGCUGUUCUCAUUUUGAGAUCCUCGUUAUCACCAGGAGAAGGCGCUCUUGAUGAUGCUGCACUCACUUCACUCACAUGGAGGCAAAUACUGGCGGAUAUCAGACGUCGGAUGAGUGACCUUGUAGAGACGACUGGACAUACAGCAAGAUAUCUUACGGAGCCACCCUUCAAUGUUGGUUUGCUCGCUCAUAGCGGCUAUGAUUACUUUGUGUCACUGACGGCUGCGCUGAUGCUUCGUUGGACAGUACUACUCAUCUCUACGAGGAAUUCGCCCUCGGCUAUUGAAAGCCUCAUGCAGUCGAUUGAGGGGAGCGUGCUGCUCAUUGGUGAUGGUGUGCCCAUGGGUCCACGGCAAAUAGAAGAACAACCGUACAGCGUCGUUCGACUUUCUGCACUAGAAGCGCUACCAAACAAAGAAACCGGCGCUGAUGGUUUCGAUGAUCUGGGGGUCGACUACGGAAGGCAAUCGUCGGACUGGUCGGACGAAAUAGACAAGUACUGUAUCUAUCUACAUACAUCGGGCACUACAGGACAUCCAAAGCCAAUUGGAUAUGCACACACUCAUGUGUAUCAUCUAUGCACGACUGGAGGAGGCUUUGCCGUAUCAUAUCCCAAUAUUAUUGGCGUCGGUGGAGUCAUUACGUUCGUUGAGGCGCAGGAUACCAUGUCCGCGACCAGUCAUGUUCGACAUAUGCGUCUCCUGCGGCAUCGCAAGCCGGAUGUUAUGGUAGCUUCUAGUGUCCUGGAGGACCUAGUCUCCGGUGAAGAACGCGACGAAAAUAUCCGAGUACUCCUAGACAUGUCGUCCGUUCUCUUCGGCGGUUCCCCACUUUCCAUAGCUGUCGGAGAUCUGCUUAGUCGCAGUGGAGUACGCAUCACGAACUGCUUUGGCCAGACAGAAGCUGGCCUAGUCUCCAGCUUCUGUUACCACGAGGACAACGCAGGACCAAACUGGCCUUACAUUCGGCUCAACGAUGCGGCCUACAACUUUGUAUUCGAACCGUUAGAAGACGGCAGUCCAUUCUAUAGUCUUAUUGUAACUCCUGGGGUAAUGACUCCGCCGGUUCUAAAUAAUGAAGACCCAGUGGGCUUCAGAACGAGUGACAGGUUGUUGCGAGCGGCGGGGAGAAACGACGAUGUGACCGUCUUGAGCAAUGGAGAGAAAACUGAUAACGUUCAGCUUGUAUCGCUGCUCAUGUCUUCGCCCUUGGUCGCGCGCGCCAUCAUAUUCGGUACUGGCCGCUUCAUGAACGGUACCUUGAUCGAUCCAUCUCCGCAAACGUACUCCCAAAUUUUGGACAAUGCGACUGCCUAUCUUGAUUCUCUCUGGUCGCACAUCCACAAUAACGUGAACACCGUCGUACCACAGCACUCGCGUAUCAUCCGACCACUCAUCAUCCUGGCUAAGCCAGAGAAACCAUUCCUACUGAACGACAAAGGCACAGUGAAAGGACAAGCCACACUCUCCCGCUACGAGGAGGAGAUCGAGACGGCCUAUAAGGGUGUGGAAGAAGGAAGCGGGGAUCUUAUAAUCUCCAUAGUGUUUGAUCCGAACGACCGAGCCUCGAUACAAUCCUACAUCUCAUCCGUCUUGCACGAAACCCUCGGACGCACCAUUGAGGCCGACGAGGACUUCUUCGCGGGAGGAGUAGACUCGUUACACGCCAUACAACUCCGCUCCAUCAUCACCUCGACACUCAAGCGGGUCCAUCCCGAAAGUGGCGAAGGCAGCAAUAUGGUGCUCCCGAGAGAUAUCGUCUUCCAAUAUCCCACCGUCACCCUGCUCUCUGGGUACAUCCACUCACUCUGCGUCAGCAACCACGACAUCAACGGUCCUCUAGUCAAAGACGCAGAUUUCUCGUACAUUGUGGAACAGAACGUGGCUGAAUACACCUCGAAUCUUCCUCACCACCUCCCAGGGCCAUCCCAUCUUACCACAGGUCGUCUGGAUGGUGACGUCUACGUCGUUACAGGAACCACCGGAUCCCUAGGAUCGGCUUUUGUCUCUUACCUUCUUGAAAAACCGAACGUCCGAAGAAUAUACCUAUUGAACCGUGUGCAGGCGUCAACAUCCUUUGAGGAGCGACACGAAACCUCCUUUACAGAGAAAGGUCUCGAUUCCGGAGCUCUGAAGAAAGCAUUGGAGUCUGGUAAGGCUAUCUUUGUCGAGAUGGACCUGACGAAGAACGAUCUCGGUAUCGUGGAGCCCUUACGCACUCAGAUUCUCUCCGAAGCGACACACAUAGUUCAUAUUGCCUGGCUCCUCAACUUCAAGCUCAUCCUAUCCUCGUUCAAACCUCACCUUCUCGGCCUCCUCCACUUGAUCAAUUUCGCCCUCUCAUCUCCUCUCGCCACACCUCCACACUUCACUUUCUUAUCAUCCAUCUCCGCCGUCGGGCGCUAUCACACCCUACACACCACACCCGAAGCCAGUUCCGCCGUCCCAGAGCGCCCCAUCCACGACCCACAUGUCUCUCUUCCCCAAGGCUACGCCCAAGCCAAAUACUGUGCCGAACGGAUCAUCGAAAAGGUCGCGGAGCAGAGACCGGAGUUGAAGGCUUGCGUGGUCAGGAGUGGACAGAUCUCAGGUACGGAGAAGACAGGAUGGUGGGCAAGAAGUGAGUAUAUGCCUACUUUGAUGAGGUUGUCGGUGAAGUUGGGAAUGGUGCCGGAAGAUUUACCGGACGUGCGCUGGCUACCCGUCAACAUCGCAGCCGAAAUCCUUUACGCACAAAUCGAUCACCAUCGACGUUCGGGCACACCUUCGACUUUACCCACUACAGGCACAGAAAACCCCGUGUUCUACCAUCUCGAGAAUGCUAAGUCCACACCUUGGCAUAUCGUUUCCGACUCGAUCAUCAGCUACGCCAAUUCACAAUCGCAACCAUCGCAAUCCAUUCGUAUCGGAAAUAGCGAAGGGAACGACGCCACCGCCACACGCCGUAUAAAUACCGUCCCAAUGAAGGAAUGGCUCCAAGCCGCUACACUCCUCUCGAACUCCCACCGCGACCAUACAACCAAACAUAACUUGACCAAGGCCACGAACGAUAAAGAAACCGGCCAAGCCUCGCACCUGCUCGAUUUCUACGAGAUGUACGUGGGCGAUGGCGGCGCGUUUAUGCCCCGAUUGGACGUUCAGAGGACGAAGGAGGCGGCGGGAGAGCUCGUGGAGUAUGAGAUUGGCGACGAGACGGUGAAGAAGUAUGUUGAGAAGGCUUGUGCUCUCGAGAGUCUAGGGUGA